AUACUAAACGCUGUGGAAGCCAUAGGGGAAAAUGUCGUCCAAACCGAAAUUCAUCACGUUCCAGGGGUCGAGAAACCUGCGCCAUCGCUUUGUGCUGGCGACGCUGCUGGGGAAGCCUAUAAAGAUUGAAAAGAUCCGGUCAGAUGACCUGAAUCCGGGUCUCAGGGACUAUGAGGUUUCCUUCCUCAGGCUGUUGGAAGCCGUCACGAACGGGUGUCGUAUUGAGAUCUCAUACACAGGUACCUCUGUGAUCUACUACCCCGGCAUCAUCACGGGCGGUGCCAUCACGCACAACUGCAACUCUGAGAAGUCCAUAGGCUACUACAUGGAGCCGAUGCUGUUCUUAGCGCCGUUCUCGAAGAAGAAGUUCCAAAUAGUGUUCAGAGGUAUAACCGGGCUCAAAGGUGACACGAGCAUCGAAGGGUUGAGAUGGGGAAUCCUGCCAUUGAUGGAAAAGUUUGGUGUUCGAGAAGCCGCUAUCCACACAGUUAAGAGAGGCUGUCCACCUAUAGGUGAAGGUGAAGUGCACUUGGUUGUGGAUACGCUGCUGUCGCAGCCUCUGACCAUGCACGCGCUGGAGAUUCCCAAGAUCAAUGCUAUAAGAGGUGUUGCCUUCUGCGCCAGAGUCUCACCAAGUAUGGCCAACCGUAUGAUCGACAGUGCAAGGGAUGUCUUGAGACCCGUGGGCUGUGAGGUGAACAUCACUGCUGAUGUUUGGAGAGGUGAAAACUCUGGUAAAUCUCCUGGCUUCGGAAUCGUACUCGUUGCGGAGACCAAGAAGGGAUGGAGGUACUACAGCGAGGAGAUUGGUGAAGCUGGUGAAGUACCAGAAGAUUUGGGCACCAAGGUUGCGUACGAAUUACUGGAACAGGUUUCGCAUUCUGGUGUUGUGUGCAAGAGUCAACUCGCAAUGGCACUGACAUACAUGGUUAUUGGAAAGGAGGACAUUGGAAGACUCGUCAUCAAGAAGGAUCAAAUAGACGAGGACCUUGUAUGGCUGCUGAGAGAUAUCAAGCACGUUUUCGGAACAGAGGUUUUCUUAAAAGAGGAUGAAGACGAUACGUUCAUCGCCACUGUGAAAGGUGUUGGAUUCGUCAAUACGAGUAAGAAGAUUGCAUAGAAUUGAUACAAUGUACAUUAAUACAACAGAGAUAUAUGUAUGUGUGUGUUUUGUUUCCUCUUUCCUGUGUAGUCAGUCUAUGUGUGUCUUGACAGGGGCAUGUCAUGGAGAGCAUUGAUCAGCUGUCCCCAGUUAUUCGAAUGGAGCUCUGAAUAUUUCAUCUUCGUUCUGCUCCAUUCCUGGAACACCUUUGUCAAUUGGAACUGGGUC